GCCUGGUCCCUGAGGCAGGAGCAUGCCUGCCCCAGGGAGGCAGCAGUAGCCACUGGCUGUGGCCUGAGGUGAGGCUGGGCCCUGGAUGUGUCCUGCUGAGUCAGCCUUUGCUCCCUGGGUGCAGUCCUGAGAGGGCGCUGUGUCCUCACGUGCCAUCAGGACUGUGGCAGCCGUGGGAUGUCAUGGGGUUCUGGAAGUCACCAGGUCAGACGCAGGAGACUGUGCCAGUGGGACAAGAAGUAUUGGGAACCUGGCCGAGCAUAUGACGGGGGCAGCGGGCCUUGCUGGAAAGGUGGUAAAUCUGUCUUGAAUUAUUGAGUGGAAGGAAACCAAGUCUCAUUGCUGGUUCUGAGGCCCCCAUGCCCCUACCAGGGUGGCACCCAGGCUGAGGGGGUCGAAUCCUUGCCGUGGUGCGGUCGCUCGGUGAGGGGUCUGUCUUUCCUCAGGCAGUUCCUAUGGAGCUUCAGGCUGCCUGGAGAGGCUCAGAAGAUCGAUCGAAUGAUGGAGGCCUUUGCUUCUCGCUACUGCCUGUGCAACCCAGGCGUCUUCCAGUCCACAGACACAUGUUAUGUGCUGUCGUUCGCCAUCAUCAUGCUCAACACCAGCCUGCACAACCACAACGUGCGCGACAAGCCCACCGUGGAGCGGUUCAUCACCAUGAACCGUGGCAUCAACGAGGGGGGGGACCUCCCUGAGGAGCUGCUGAGG